CUUCAGUGAGCAGUGAGGACUUUGAUAUGAGCGACCCCACAUGGAUAUCAGCUGAUCACGGCCCUGCUUCAGACCUGAGUCCCCCGAACCGCAGAGAGAGAAUGCACAGCCCACAGAACGCACACAUUAAGGAGGAGGACGAUGACUCAUCCUCGGAGAGCGGCAGCGGGAACGGCAUGCACACCAUGACCCUUCUGUCUGCGGGCGGGGCGGCCCCGGGGUCUGAGAGGUGCAUGGAGGGAACCCCGUACAGGAAGGUGGUAAACGGCAACAGGCCCCCGGCCCCGCUGGACUUCAGCACCACCUCCUCGUCCUCAUCGUCCGAGGACCAACAGGCUCCAGUCAACCUGAGUGAGACCAGGCUGCCUGGGUCGGCCCUGAUGGGCCCCUUCCAGCUCGACCCCCCAGACGAGCUGCGCAGGAAGUACCCCGUCAAGCCUCUCGCCCAUGCCGCUGAGCUGCGCCUGGACAAAGACUCGAUCAGGGACUAUGGCAACAAGUCUCCUCAGUACAGCUCAGGAAGCUACGACUCAUUGAAGAUGGAGACAUGUGCCGAGGACCUGACCGUGACCAGAGGCGUGGCGGUGGCAGACGACGAUGACGACGAUGAUCACGACGACAGUGACAAGAUCAACGACACCGAGGGCAAGGACCCCGAGAGACUAAAGGCCUUCAACAUGUUUGUGCGUCUGUUUGUGGAUGAGAACCUGGACCGCAUGGUGCCCAUCUCCAAGCAGCCCAAGGAGAAGAUCCAGGCCAUCAUCGAGUCGUGUAGCCGCCAGUUCCCAGAGUUCGAGCUGCGCGCUCGCAAGCGCAUCCGCACCUACCUCAAAUCCUGCCGCCGAAUGAAGAAGAACGGCAUGGAGACACGACCCACCCCACCUCACCUCACCUCAGCCAUGGCUGAGAACAUCCUGGCAGCCGCCUGCGAGAGCGAGACACGCAAGGCUGCCAAGAGGAUGCGGCUGGAUGUCUACCAGGCACAUGAGGAGCAGAUAGCACUUGACAAGCCCAGUUCUCGCGAGCCAGCCUCCCUGGCCCACUCUGCCUACUCCCUGGCUGCCUCAGCCUACUCCCAGGACCAGCUCUACAUCAACGGUGGGCUCAACUACAGUUACCGUGGUUACGGGGGCCUAGGAGCAAGCAUGCAACACCCUGUCUCCUUGACAACCGCCACUGCUCAGAGCAACGGCCCUACUGACCUCAGCAUGAAGUCCCUGGUGUCCAACUCGUCAUCGGCCAGCUCCAACAGCCACGGGCGGAGCGGUGGUGGCGGAGGGAGCGGGGCCUCGGCACAGCUCAGCCCCACGGAGAUCACAGCCGUGCGUCAGCUCAUCGCCGGCUACCGCGAGUCAGCCGCCUUCCUGCUCCGCUCGGCCGACGAGCUAGAGACCCUGAUCCUGCAGCAGAACUGAGAUGAAAACUCCAUCUCCCCCCGACUCCCUCCUCCUCCCUAUCUCACUCCAACUCUCCCACACAAACCCUAACUAACCGACCAACCACUCUCGCACUCAGCAGAUCCAUUCGUCCGUGAUAUCGUCCUCCUCCACCAACCUUUACAUUCUCCUCAUCGCCAGGAAAAGAAGGCAUGCAACAGCGCUACCUUCCUCUAGUCUAAUAAUCCAAACCCCCUUGAUUGUUUUGGCAUUAGUGCGUGGAGAGAAAGAGCACUGUCUGUGACCACUUUGGAACAGCGUUUCUCCCUCUCUUCAACCACCUGUAAAGGAACGCGCUCCCUCCCAAUCAUAACAGCUCUCCCUCACUCCCAUAGCUCUGUGGAAAGAAGAGGGAUGACACAGAGAGUCGGAAAUUAGUCUACCUAGUGUGGGGGAGAGAGUGGUGGGCUGGUGCACUGGAGAACACUGAAGGGUUGUGCUGUAAUGAGAGAAGAGCACCCCCUUGUGUACGAAUAAAAUAAGUGGAUCCUUUUUGUGUGCCAGGAAGCUCUAUGUGCUGCAGUACACAGAUCCCCUAAACAACCUCGCCCUCCCCAAUAACAAUGAAAGCGAGACUCCCUGAUUAGUACAAAGAAAAAUCCUUUGAUUUGAAUCAGUUAGUUUUUUCGAAGCCUGUAGAAUAUUUACGUUUGUUUGGCACCGUUCCGAGCUACUGAAAAGGGGUGUUGACUGAUCUGAAAGAGAGCACUAACUAUAAGACACUGAACCACUUUGUUAAUGAAAAGAGGCUAAGGAAGAAGACUGGGGGGAAAAAUGUAAAAAGAGAGACAACUUGUCGCGCUCGCUGUAAAUAAGCUCUCUGUGUCCUAAAGCACUUUCCCCUGAUUCAGACCUCACCUACCCGUUGAGUAAUAAAGACCGUGAUGUCCCGGGAGCAACACUUUAACUUAUGCAUUAUGGAGAUGCCAUCUUUUCCACAUGGAAAUACCUCAGAUCUACCAACCAACCGUUCUAGUACUUCAUUCAUACUGGGUGCCGUUAUCAUACAAUGCUCACCAGUUACUACCUGAUGUGUUCAGUGUUUUCAAAGACCUGCAGGAAGCAACGUCUUAACCAUUUCAAGAAGAAUAAAUAUUGUAACUAUAGUUAAAAUUUUAUCCCAAACGAAGUAUUGUUUGUCCCGUUAUUUGUGUAAUGUAUAUAUUCAGUCCAUAUUUGAUUCUAGAAGCAUCAGUAAAGUGAAGGACUGGGGGCAAGGAAGUAUGUUCUGUGGGAGACUGAACGUCUCCAAAGGUAGCUGGAGAUUUUUUUCCAGAGGCCUCCAUGUUUUCCACCCCCCUGGUGGCUCGUUGCUCCCCCAUCAAUUCGAGGUUUUGGUUUGUCCCGAUCUGGUUGUCAACACUCAUCACUCGAUGAUACCGUCUCUUCUGGGUCUGGUUCUGCAUUCCUCUCUCUAACCUACCCUCCUCCUCCGGACCUAUACCCCCCCCCAUCCCCUUCUCCCCCCUGACCUUACCUGAGCUCUGUCCGGCUUAGUUCUGGACCUUGGUUCUGGGAGGAAUUCUGUAUUUCUUUGUCUAUUGACUCUUUGAGAUGGCCAUUAAUCCACGCUGCUGCUAUAUGGACCGGACUUUUGCCACAGACCUAUAACCUCAAGUCAGGACGCCAGCCUCCUGCACAACCAGAGCACCUCAAGACAACAACACAAACAAAAAGAAGCAAAAACUACUCGAGACAGAUAAGAGACAAAAAAUUAAUUUUUGAAAACGACAUGCCAUCCCAGUCAGUUGCUUCUCUCUGCUACUAGGCACUCUGGUUGAUCUUUUUGUUCUUUCAUAAGGCUGUGUUGUUUUUACAUUAACCUUUUCCUUUGUAGUUUUCUUCAUGAGUUUGAACCUCUGGAGGCAUAAAAGGAGCAAUGUGCUUCUCUUGCAGCCACUCACAAGGGUGAUCUGGGCCUAUCUAUCUUACUGUACAAGGUGUGGCCAAAGUCUGUGAGGUUUGUACCUUUUUAGAACGAGAGGAGAAAAAAAGCUAAAUGUUUCUUCAAGAGGCAAGCCUGAAGGGGCUCAUUGUUGUGUCACUGUAAUUUGCUCCCUUUUGCACACUGAAGCAACAGAAAUCUGUGACGAAGGCCCUGCUUGUUCAGGGCUCCAUCUUGCACUGGCGAGGUGUGUACUACUAAAGGAAAGAGGAAGAGUAUCGCAAUGCAGUUGAUAAUCAUCACAUUCCUGGCCCUUGACUGCAUAGUGUUAACGAAAAGAGGCUAUCUGAGCCCAAAGUGCGAGUUGUACAACGCAUCACAUACGACCACCUCUAUUGUGUAAAUGAAAGCCAUUGAUUUAGGUGCACUAGCUCCGUGGCCUGUGAGAGGUCAUGUCUAGAAGGGAUUCCCCUGAUGUCAAAGUGAUGUCAAAACAUAGAUAUUCGAGUCACAUCAGGGAGAAUUUUUGCAUUUUAGUUAACCCUAACUAUUUUCCUAACCUUAACUUGCUGCAUAAGUUCUCCGAACCUGCUAUGAAAAGUCACUAAUGACAUUAGCGGCAUCCCAUCUAGUCAAGACCCCUGUGAGAGAUUGAAUGGAGCACUGGGCUCACUGGCAACAUUCUGAACCACAAAACAACACCUUGAUCUAUCCGCCUAGCAUACAUGUGCAAUGUCAAAUCUGAUCUCCAUAAUGAGUACAAAAUUAUUAAGAAAACAUUUUUUUUUUAAUGUUAUGGAAAUAGUAUGCCUAGAUAGAAAGUAGAAAAUGAAGUCCAAGAAGUCCACUUCAUCUCAGAGCAAGCUCUUGAUUGAAUCUGCUUAGUGGGUAAAAAAAUGACAAACACAAGAGAAAUAUGCAAAAUGACCAGUCAAGAGGAAACCCCCUCACUGUGUUCUCUCUCAAUGUGGCUUUGAUGGCUUCAAAACGUGUUUUCUUAUUAGUAUCGCCCUCCUUUCUGCGGAUCCAUCCUUCACUCUGCUUAUGCCCUGGGAUCUUAAGCUACAAUUCUCUCAGUACAGUAGAUGAA